UGACUUGAUUUUUUAAAAUGGACGCAGAUGAUGAUGACUUGCUAGAACUAAACGAUCAACAUGAAAUGAAUGACCAUGAUCUCGCGUAUGAGCAAGAUCAUGCAUCUAUAUUGUUGCAUGGAGUCAGAGAUGCGUUGGAAACUGGAUUAUUUACCGACGUGGCAGUUUAUCAGUCUCAACCCCCUGGGAUGGAACCUGUAUAUUUUCAUAGUUUAAUCCUGGCCUGUGGUUCUCCUUAUCUCCGGGUUCUCCUGGAAACAGAGAAGAAUGAGGAUAUAGUUCUCCUGGUUCCUGGUGUAUCAAGGGAUACAAUUCUAAACCUCAGAAACCUACUCUAUACAGGGGAUACAGAGAAGGUGUCUGAUGAACUACUGGGGUUGCUCCAGGUCCUACAAAUACCACCACCAAGACGGAGAGAGGAAAUUAAACCAAUAGAAGAGAGGAGUCGAGUUGAAACUGGAAUUAACCAUGAAACCGAAAUCAACGAAAGAGAAAUAUUUCUGGAUAAAGAGGACACGACCAGUAUUAAAGAUGUUAAUUACAAAAUUAAAGAAAUGAAAAACAAAGAUAUCGAUGAAAGAGGAAUUAUGAAUGAAGUAAACGAGGGAGCGAAGGAAGAAGAAGAAGAUGAUGAAGGUGUAAAGGAAGAGGAAUCAUAUCUUGAGAAUACACAUCUAAAAUUGUAUCUACCAUCCAUCUCACCUUCAGGAACAAAAUUCAAAAGGAAAAGAAUAGAGUCAGAAACAUUAGAAAAAGAAGAGACAGUUCAGAAAAUUAGUAAAACCAGCUUCAACGAAGAAGAUCAAGCAGAGCACAUUGUUCAUGCAUGUAACAUUUGUGAUCGAGUAUUUCCAUCUGGGAGCGAACUGAAAGAGCACAUGAAAAUCCAUUUAGACGUGCCAAUUGAUAAUACUAAACCCUACAAAUGUCAAAAUUGUCCCUCGACGUUUAGAUGGAGAUCAGAGUUUAAACUGCAUUCAGAAUCUAUUCAUGGAAUCAAGGUGAUAGAAGUUCAACGUUGUGAGUUCUGCCCCAAAGAUAUAGUUUGUUCCCGAUAUCGAGAGCAUGUUCGUUCAGUGCAUAAUAAGGAACGACCAUAUUCUUGUGAUGAUUGUGAGAAAACGUUUACUAAACCGAAGGAAUUAAAAAAUCACAAGAGAAGUCACACUGGCGAGAAACCGUACGCUUGUAAACAAUGCGGGGCCCGAUUCUCUAUUUCUCAUUUAUUAUUAAGGCUUAGUGACCUGUCGGUGAUGCAUCAAAAUAUGGCAGCUACUAACGAAAGAUUGGAAAGGUUAGAGGAAGCAAGAAGAGAUUGCGACAGUUCUUUGAAGUGUAAUAACAGGUACGUGAAGGCUCUGGAUCGGCGUGCUAAGGUUCUCCGUAAGCUAGCAGGGAAGCUGACGGGAGGAGAUGAAAACCUAAAUCUCAAGACAGAAUAUCUCAGACAGGCUCUUGAGGAUAUGUCAAUGUGCUGCCAGUUAACCGGCUACCGACAGGAUCAAAUCAUGUUCGUCGACGAAUUGCUUCGAGAGCUUGGUAGUGCUGAGGCUGUUUUGGCCUCCAAGAACAGGAUUCCUGAUCUACCCUCAGCCCACACCAUUCUUCAAUACUUCACAUCCUUUACUCAGGAUCCAUUUAUGAGUGAUGAACAAGGAAGUGGUCCAUAUUUCGAUGCUAAGAAUCACUACAAAAAGGAGGAGUUUGAGAAAAUAAUAGAAAAAUGUGACCAAGAGAUAAACCAAACCCUUCCACAUUCUCUGGAAGCCAAACUGACGAAGGCGACUUUUCUUAUCCUCAGUAAGCAGCACGAGCCAGCCAUGCAAAUACUGAAUGAUGUUGUAAAUGAAUCUGAUGAGAAACCUCUAGUGAAGGUCAACGCACUCAUUAAACGUGGAGCACUGCAUAUUCAGAAGUGUCAAGAUCCUGUAAAAGAUGCUGAAGCUAGUAUUGCAGAUUUUGACGCAGCUUUAGUCGUUGAACCUGAGAGUGCUGAUGUAUUUAUGAACCGAGGUCAGGUUAAACUACUGCUAGACAGGUUCGAUGAAGCUGUUAGUGAUCUUAGCAUGGCGUGUAAAAUUAGGCCUGACUUUGCCCUGGCCCAUGUUCAAAAACUGUACACAGAUUUCUUAGCUGCUCAGCAGACAGGAAACCAGUCUGGAAUCAGCAAGGUUGUAGAAGAGUUUGAAUCAGCGCUGGAUAAAUUCCCUCAAUGCGUGGAAGCAUUUGCUCUCUACGCUAAGAUUCUACAGGAGAAAAAUGAACUGGAGAAAUCAGACGAGAUGUAUCUCAAGGGUAUACAGCUAAAUCCAAAGAAUGGAAAUCUUGUAAUUCACCGAGCACUACUUAAACUUCAGAAGGAUGGAGACGUUGAUCAUACAAUAGGAGAGAUAGCUAAAGCAAUACAGAUUGAUGAUAAGAAUGAGUUUGCCUAUGAAACUUUGGGGCAGAUAGAGAUGCAGAGAGAGAAUUUCGACGCUGCGGCUCAAAACUUUGAUAAGGCAAUCCCCCUGGUGAACACUGAACUAGAGAUGGCCCAUCUCUUUGGUUUAAGAGACACUGCCCUGGCCAAGUUGGUUGCUAAGAAGAAGUUGAGUGAGGUUCCAAGUGGGAUGCAGGAUGUUGGAUUGGACUAAU